GACUCGAGAAGUGGUCAGCGACGGUGGCCACGACUUGCGCGUUGUCACCGGAAAAUGUGAAUAUAUUUAGCUCCCCGUCUAACCAAAGGCAAACGCGAAGCCACAAAGCCAUGGAUGCUCCGCUGAGAGGCAAGAGCACGGCAAGGGCAGCAUGGCGGCGACCAGCCGUCUCCUGCCUCCUGUUCGUUUUUGUUUUGGUGCUAUUGAUCUCUACGACGGCGACAGCGACGGCUACGACAGUUCAGUCGCGGCAGGCGGGGCUCACCUCUCGCCAAAGAGGUGCAUGCAUGCAUGCAGGCUCUGGAUUCCGGGCGUGGCGGAGGGAUGUGCUGAGGCCGGACAGGACGGCCGGCGAAGCUUGGGCGCCGCCGGCGCCCAAGGCCAACAGCAACGUCCCAGGAGGGCCCUUCGGUCGUCGUUGACUCAUCCAGAUCCAGUCGCACCCGCCCAAUCGCCAUCGUUUCAUGACACAUCGACCAGAAGAUAGCUAGCAAUUCCCAUCUCACUGGUGUGUGUUAUUUUAGCUUCUUUUAACGAUGAAGAACUAGUGGCGAUGAUUGAAAUAAUACAACUUAUUGCAUCGAAAAUUAAGAACGAUGUGCGUUGAGGAUUGUGUUUCGUAUGUACCAUUUCGCAUGGCGUUUAUUCUUGCUUCAUACCUGCGAGGAUUUAUGUGUUAUGCUUGCAGCAAUGCAAACUACAUGCAGCUUGCUUGCACGCAAAAGAACAAUGCACUAUAUAUGGAUUUUUUUUUGUACUCCAUC